AGAAAUUUUAACAUCCUCUAAAAAACUUUUGUUGGUUACCUUCGCGUUGAAAGGGUCAAAGGGUGAAAAAAAUCUAUAAAGCUAAACAUUUCUCCUACCAAAUAUAGCAAAGCCAGGAAUGUCAUCAUUAGAGAUUUAGAAUCAAAUCCUUUCUAAUGGAUAAUGCAUAAUUUAUCAAUGUCAUUAUAAUUCCUUGGUUCCCACGUUUUUAUGCGACGAAAACGGGCAAUGUUUAUCCAAUUUGAGCUUACGUUGUAAUGCUUGCAUGAGAGAAGAACAGAAGAGAAAGAGGAAUCCAAAGACAGAUAGAAACAACUAUCCAUCUUUUCGUUCCUCGUCCAACUCUUUUCAUUUCCGUCUAAAAACAGAAGGUAUCGACAAAAUACACUUUAUAUUUGCAGAAAAAUCCGCAAACCAUAACAUUUGUGAUUACACCACAAUAACUAUCCGUUCGGAAAUCUUAAUUACUAUCCUCUGGUGCUCAACAAACAGUGUAGCAAUAUUGAACACAUUUUAUCAUAUUGAGCCAAGUUAAGAACAUUGAGGUCCCAAACUCCUGAAGAAAAUAAAAAGAAAAAAAUGCCUCCAAGCUCCAAACUCAGAAGAGCCCUUGGGGCAGUGAAGGAUCAAACGAGCAUAGGCCUAGCCAAGGUUGGAAGCAGCACCUCACUCGCUGACCUUGACGUGGCCAUUGUGAAGGCAACAAGGCACGAUGAAUACCCUGCUGAAGAGAAGCACAUAAGAGAGAUUCUGAGCCUAACAUGUUACUCUCGAGCAUUCAUAAGUGCAUGUGUUAACACACUCGCCAGGCGUCUCAACAAGACAAAAAGCUGGACAGUGGCUUUGAAAACACUUGUUUUGAUUCAAAGGUUGUUGGUAGAGGGUGAUCCUGCGUAUGAGCAGGAAAUUUUCUUUUCGACUCGACGUGGGACUCGCGUUUUGAACCUUUCUGAUUUUCGUGACAACUCCAAAGCUGGUUCGUGGGACUUCUCUGCAUUUGUGCGCACGUAUGCAUUGUAUCUUGAUGAAAGGCUUGAGUACAAGAUGCAAAGCCGGCGUGGAAGACGUAGCAUGUAUAGUUUUGAUGAGGAGGAGGAGGAAAGGGAUAUUGAAAAAGAAAAAGAAGUCAUUGUCAGAUCCACACCUUUACGUGACAUGAAGUUAGAUCAGAUCUUUUCCAAAAUGCAGCAUUUGCAAUUGCUUCUUGAGCGAUUUUUAGCUUGCCGCCCCACAGGAGAGGCAAAGAACCACCGAAUUGUGACAGUGGCUCUCUACCCGAUUGUGAAGGAGAGCAUUCAGAUAUAUUAUGAUAUUGCAGAAAUACUGUGUAUCUUAGUUGAUCGUUUCCCUGACAUGGAAGUAUCAGAGUGUGUUAAGGUGUACGACAUUUUCUGUCGUGUUGGGAAGCAAUUUGAUGAGCUAGACCUCUUCUACGGAUGGUCCAAGAACAUUGGAAUAGCACGUUCUUCCGAGUACCCCGAGAUUGAAAGGGUCACAAUGAAGAAGCUAGAGGUGAUGGAAGAGUUCAUCAAGGACAAGUCAGCCCUAGCACAAGGCUACAUACCUGAAGCAAUAGAAUAUAAACAUGAAGAAGUUUAUAACGAGCCAGAGCCGGAGCCGCAACCAGAAGCAGAGCCAGAAGCAGAAGAGGAUACCAAUGAAAUGAAGGCACUGCCACCACCAGAGGAGACGAAUGAGGAACCAGUUGAAGAAGUGAAGGAAGAAAAGGUGGUGCAGACAGAGGGUGAUUUGUUGAAUUUGGGAGAUGACACGGUGACAAAUGAAGCAUAUGGGGAGAAACUAGCGUUGGCUUUGUUUGAUGGAGAGGCACCAGCAGCAACAGGAACGGGUGGUGGCACACAAGCACUUCCAUGGCAUGCAUUUGAUGAUGGUGCAGAUUGGGAAACAGCACUGGUGCAAUCAGCCACCAACUUGGCGAACCAAAAGCCUACAUAUGGUGGUGGUUUUGACACCUUGUUGUUGGAUGGCAUGUAUAAACAAGGGGAAAUGAAUAGGGCCAUGCAAGGAGAAGGAUAUGGUGUGAGUGGAAGUGAUAGCAGUGUGGCACUUGGUUCAGCUGGAAGGCCAGCAAUGUUGGCAUUGCCAGCACCACCUACAUCAGGGACCGAUUCUAACUCUUGCUCAAAUUUAGAUCCAUUUGCAGCUUCAUUGGCUGUGGCACCUCCUUCUUACGUGCAAAUGUCUGAGAUGGAGAAGAAACAGAGAUUUUUGAUUGAAGAACAGAUGAUGUGGCAGCAGUAUGCACAUGAUGGCAUGCAAGGACAAGCUGCACUCGCAAAGUUACACUCCAAUAACAAUAAUAAUUCUAACAUGGGAGGGUAUCCACAAAACUAUGGCAACUAUUAUCGUUAACUAGGACAUGUUUUUUUUAAUUAGAUGGGACCCUGUCCCUACUCUUUUUCCUUACUAGUAUGAGUACCCUGUGCAUUGCACGUCAUGUAAAGAUUUUAUUUAAGAAUUAGGAAUUCUAAUAUUGAUAUGUGUCUAUUAACAUUCAUA